UCAUAGUAACUUUUUCGUUCAGAAACUCAACAUCAAAAUGUUCGCUCUACAAAGAUAUUAUUGCAUAUUCGCCGUGGCGUUAGUUUCGUCCUUCGCUAAUCCACUACAGCAGCAACAACAACAGCAACAGCAAUGGAUGCCGUACAACACCAAUCUUGAGAGCUAUUUACAACAACACGAUCAACAGUACCAACCGAGCGACCAUUCUUCUGGUUUUGACUUCGGAAGUCAUGGGUUCGACUCUGGCGAUCAAGGAGACUUCGGGAAAGGCUUCGGAGGCCAUGAUCUACAGGCCCAAUCGUUUCCUGUGCAUCACCACGUCGAAGAAGAAAACCCCGAGCCAAUCAAACACUACAAGGAAAUCGUCGUCCCUGUUCCAAAGAACUUUGAGUUCAAAAUCCAUCAGCCCAUCCUUAUUCCUGUCCCACAUCCCAUCCCCAUCCAAGUUCCCGUCCCUAAAGCAGUAGUCAUCCCGAUUAUAAAGGAAGUUUCUAUCCCGGUCGAGAAAUCUGUUCCGUAUCCCGUUGAAAGGACUGUGCAUGUUCCCAAGAUCAAGGAAGUUCCGUUCGAAGUUAUCAAACACAUAAUCGUACCAGUGGAAAAGCCUGUACCUUUCAAAGUACCUGUAUAUGAAACUAUUAUCCACACAAAAAAAGGAUCACACAAGAUUCGUUAAAAUUGUAAAGUUGC